AAAUAUAUAUACACGUAUAAGAGGUAAAUAGAAUAGCACAUAUAAUAGUAUAAAAAUGUAAGGACGUCGAAUGAUUCACAAAGCAUGCACUUUAAUUAUUGUCGUCAGUGCCGAACGAUAUAUCAAAGAAGAUGCACGUACAUCGUAUGGCAAGGCUUUUCUUCACGAGUAUCCUCUUUUUCGUUGAAAACACAGCCACACCAACAUCACCAUCAGUAUCGAUAAGACCAUCAACGAAAUGGAACGACUAUCAUCGGAUAGAUCUGCCAAAGAAAUGUUGUAUCGAGGGUUAUCUCUUCGACGAGGAGCUGACGUGCGUGAAGGUCAUCGAGGAUAAUCAUUUUUCGAAGGAAAUGGAGACGGAAAUACGUGCUCAUGGGUUCUCAUGCGAGAAGAACGUUGCAAUGUUGAUGGAACGUGGUCCAAACGAUUCCUGGACUUACACGACGGUCGACGUCCCAAAUGAUUAUUGUCUCGAAACGAUGACGAAUGGGAGCCAAGUGUUGGCCAAGUGUCCGGAUUUAUUAAAGAUUUAUGAAAAUACAUCAACUACGUCGAUCUUAUCAACCACGACAAUGAGAAUUAACAACGAGAGUAUUGAGAUUACGAUGAUAUGCGAUAACAAGAAUCGUACGAAAAAAUUAGAAGCCAUAUUUUGGGGUGCGAAAACUUAUAUGCUGACGAACAUAGCCCAUAUGAUACUUUGCAUCGUCGUCGUAGUAACAUAUUUGUCAGUAUCUGAAUUACGUAAAGGUGUCUACAAUCGUGCAGUUCUUCGGCACAACAUAUCCUUGUUGGGAUUGGGUUGUAUACUAACGUUUCUGAGUUACUGUCAGUACUCCUUGGACGAUAACCUGACCAUCCUACUUUGGCUUCUUCUACAAUAUUUCACCCUGGCGACGGUAUUCUGGCUGAACGUGAUCUGCUUCGACAUGACCCUCUCUAUCACAAGAUUCCGUUGGACGGUUGGACUCGGUGCUAACAACGAGAGAGACAAAUACAGGAGAUUGCUUCUAUACGGUGUUUUCGCUUGGGGUGGUGCGCUUCUACCAACGGUCGUUGCCGGCAUCUUCGAAUACACACCAGGAAUACCAAAGAACUUCCCGUUGAAGCCCAAUUACGUUCGGUAUUGCUUGGGCCCAAACCCAACGAUAUCUAUUGAGAAGCUUACCGGAGGAAAACGUUCACGAGGCUGUCGGUGCGUUUUUUAAUCGACCUCGUUACGAAAUAGUGACGGAUCUCAAGGAAUAUCUGCGAGAGACGGGUCAGCCUAUACCCUCGACGGAAACUUUUGAAGGGAAAUCUUCCAAGGAAGAGACGACGACUACUACUAAGACGACUACUACUACUACUACCAUUGGUAGUAGUACAUUCUCGAACUCUGAGGAGGAAUCCAUUCAACAAGACUGCAUGCCACAUUUCUAAAGCAAUGUACGUCUUUUAUAAUGCUUCCUUAUCUCUCUCCUUCUCUCUCUCUCUCUCUCUCUCUCUCUCUCUCUCUCUCUCGUGUAUACGUUUGUUACUAAAAAGAAAGAAGAAAAAAAAAUCCUCACUUAUGUCACUAAAGUAUUAUAUUUUUGAGAGUGCAGGUAAUUUAUUUAUUCGUGACAUUAUCGAGAUAUAUCCCUCUCCCUCCCCCCUCCCCGCCCCUCUUAUAAUAAGAUAGUUAAGGGAAUAUUUAUUCAAUAUGAAAGAAAAAACGUAAACGUCGCUUUUUGAUAUGUUCUCGUUUUAUAAAAAGAAAAAAAAACAAUAUGUCUUCCUGUUGUACAUGUAGAUUUGUAAAAUUUCUCAGAGAAAUAAUUAAAUGUAUCAUUGUCAUAUAUUUUUGGAAUCAUUUUCAUCGUUAAGAUAGAAUAUUAUAAAAUAAUGCGCGGACGAAUGUAUUAAAUGUAAAUGAAAAGUUUGAUCAGUAGUUUCAGAUGAAUAAUGUCAUGAUCCAAGUGAUCCGAUAAAGUUUAUACGUAUGUACGAUAACAGUACUAUAUAUUCACGGGUC